GCCACUGUGCGGCAGCGGCGCCGUGUAACGUGCAGGUGUCGCCGAAAGUUGCACGCAUAUCCGUGAUUCACCGUUUUCUGUGUGCACGAAUGUUCAGGCGUAGUCCUCGGCGACGUCACAAAUACGUUUUGGGUGUUCAGGCACAUUUAAGGAACCGAAGAAUAGUUUCAUGCUGCUGCGUUAACCAGCGAAGACAAACUGUACGCUACUUCACAUGUUGUCUCCGCGAAAGAAGUAGCCGGCCUGGACGUUCACGCGAAGUGCCGUUAGCAGCAGGCAAAACAACUGUACGAAGUCAUCCUGUACGUGAUCAACGUUGUCACUCAGGAAUGAUAUUCCUUCAAGCGCGUCGAGGACGAUGCGUUGCAGGCCACCCAGCUUCCAGACACGGUUACUUGGAAUUGAAAGAUGGAAGCACACCGACGAGACGGUUUGGACGUGAAGGCUUCCAGGCAACCAUGGCUGAACGCUGUCGAUAGGCCUUACACGACAUACGCAAUCGUACAAAACCAACAAUCUGCAAUGAAACGCCCUCCCGCUUCGAAGGUUGCACCCUCUCGACCGGUCAAGCCAUGUGUGCUGCUAGCACCUGAUUAUACGGAAUUACUCUUGCUUCUCGAAAAAUAUAUAACAGCGCAGGAAGCAUGCGUCCCUAGCGAUGGCGUGAAAUAGAACCAUCACCAUGUCACGCACCAUGUGCCCCACAGGCGCGGAACGAGUUUCGCCCAAGAAACCAGGUUUUGAGCGGCUGCUUGAGCCACUAGGAGAGGACGCACCUGAGAGCGUCUGCGAGGUCCUUGUGUGUUUCGGCACGUCGCCGGCUAGCCUGCUCGAGCGAUUUUCGUCUGCGCUGCGUCGGCGGUGGCCCCACUGGGCCGUGGUUCUCUCCUACGGCGACAAGGCGCUCUACUGCACUGGCCGGAGGGACCCGCGCACCGGCUGCCUCGUUGGCACGGCCACCUGGAGGACGGCCGCGCAGCUCGACGCUAUGAACGUCCAUAAGAUGUCCCUGGGCGAGCACACUGUGUUGCCGCAGCAGCUUUGUGACGCCAUGACCGGGCUGUGUGAGGACGGCAAGUACCGGGUGGUGCACAACGACAGCCAAGCUUGGGCUAUCAGGCUCCUGAACCGUCUCAGCUUGGAUAUACCGGACUAGCUGCAGUUUUAUGUAGCUCACGUCACACCUGUCUAUUGUCCAUUGUUCAGUAUACGCCCUAACAGAUCCAUCUAUGCAUCACUUUCUUUGCCCAGCCACUCGCCAUGACAAUGACUACGUUUAAGUCAUGUAUUAACACUAGAAACACUGUGUGCGAAACGUCUGUAAAAGCAUUGGACUAUACUUAUUCCUAUAAUAGGUUUCUGUUGUAUUGUUCACCAUGUUGUGUUUACUUUUCUAGAGAAUCACAAUAGUAUGGGAGUGUUUGGAUCAUUUUAACAUCAUCUCACAAUCAUGUACGUGGCCGUGCACAUUUUACAUAGCGAAUCAGAUUCGUGGGGUUAAUCAACAGGGAUUUCCAAAAUAUGUCAUUAUUUUCGCAUGAAUGUUUUACCGUCAUUACGGAGCAAUUUAUUUUUUUUUCUCGCGUGAUGUCACUUACCACUUACCUUGUUAUUUAGGCAACAAUACAAUUGUUCGCAUGCAUGCGACUACCGGUAGUUUAGUAUAGAAUGUAUGAAUGGUUACUUCAAAAAACUAAUACGCAACAAUAUUGUUAUAAAUAAUGGCGGCCUAAUUCGGAGGUCAUGUGCUCUUGUUCUGAUGCUUGUCAGUGGAAGUAACUUUAGAUUGAAUAUUGCAAUUUUGAGGGAAUAUUUAAUACUGUUCCCUUAACUAGAAAACGUAAACAUUGCGCAACAUCUUGCGAAAAUUUCACCACGUUUGAUGAUUGAAGUUGGCGCUUGUUGUACACUAGUUGUAUUGAUGCCAUUUCCUUAGCACUGAUCAGAAAUCUCAAAAAUAAAUUCCUCCUAGAGUUAGACCCGUUUGACAGAUGCAAGCAAUUUUCUUGAGGAUGAUAAAUAAACGAUGCUUCCAAAUCAAAGUGCAGCUUUGCUCUACCAACUUACAAAAAUGUGAUGUAAUACAAUAACCUUCCUUCCAAUCACUCUUUUUUCAUUUUUAUUUUUCGUCGUAUUUAAGCGACACACAAGGUCACUAACAUAGCAAGCACUAGAGACGUUAAAUUAUAUAUAAAAAUACCCCCAUGAAACGUUCUUUCAAAGCUGUGAUAUGAUUUUUGAACAGAAGUUAAUCGCCACUCUUGCAUACUGAAAUAACAACAUAAUGAUGCUGCUAAUAGUUAGGCCUAUUUCGUUGUGUAAAAAGUGCGCCCGAAGCUCGACCUUAUUGCUGAAGGGUUUGUUAUUUUAUAACUGGUAUUUACAUUCUAAACAACAAUACUGAGCGAGUUGCAACACUCCUAAGUAUAAGAUCAGGCGUAGAAAGACAGACAAAACAAAACAAAGCUCACCGCGGAAUUGCCGACCAACAUGUCAAACAUCGUACGGUGGUAGAAGGAAAUCAAAUUCAAGAACACAACUUUACGUAUGGUUGCUUACGAGCGAGAAAGGGAAUAUGUUGCUCAUGAGCUAAUGUGUUAGAUAAGACAGAUAAGACAGCAGUUGCACGAGAAGUGUGUCUUCAGGAGUAUAAUUGAAGCUUCCAUUUAGUAUCGAUGUUGCAGGCCGCCAGAAGAAGUCAGCUUUCGGUGUGGAAGUUUCCGAAGACUACCUGACUUUCCUUAGGUUGUGAGCUCACGAUUGUACAAUUCAAGGUUAGAUGCCAUACUAUUGCUGAAUGAACUUUCUGCUUUACUAAAAGAAUUUGUGGCUAAAGUUCAUCGUUACUACAUAGAAAUUCACGCACAUGCAUGCAUAUAAAGAGACUCCACAAAGAUCUUACAAAUUUACAAGUGUAAGUUAAAAUCUGGGGUGUACGCUUUCUGUAUUACAAUAUUGUUACUAACUAUAGCCUGCCAUGCAUUUUUUCCUGAUUGAGCGCCAGCACUAAAAGCAAGUUUGAUAUUAUAUACACUAGCUAGUUUUCACAAGUAUAUCAGAUACAAAUUAUAAUGAAGAUGUCACGUAAGCUAAACUCGUUUUAGCAUCGAUGUUUUUUCUGCUGUUUUUAACGAGCAUGAAGACGUAAUGUACGUAUUUAGGCAAUCAGGGUCAACAAUGAUGACAAAAAGAGAGAAACCUGCUUCACUGAUAAUCAUAGUUUGCGAACAUUACCUAGUAGGAGAACAGUCGAGACAAGACAAGGGAAUUGUGUUUGUUUUUUCAGCAUAGUAAUGAUUGGUAAUUUUCUGCAAUGGUUUGCAUUACCCUUGCAAUAUUACAUGCACGUUUGGCUGUAUAAGCUUCGGUGUUGAAAUAUUUUGUUUUUAUACUUGAGCAGGACCACAAGCACUCCAGGCUUUUCCUCCUUUCAUGUGACCUCUGUAGUAACACGCAUCAACCUCGCUCUUGAAAGCAAAUUCAGGUGCUAUAUCAAUACAGACAAAUCUGUUUAAAUUCACAUCGUGUAAUAGAGGAAGCGCCAACCUUAUAACCGAUCAAAAUUCCUUAGAGAUAUCAAAAGAAACUGUCGUUCUAGCACACAAACGUUGUUUUAAAAUACGUACAUGGACCACCAGGUAUGGGUCACCACGGAAUACGUUUCAUUAUUUAGAAAAAAGUUAUUUAUAUCCUCGCUCCAAAUAGCAGUCCUUUUCAACUGUAGCGAACCAUCCUAAGAGAAAAAAAUAGAUUAUUCACCUCCAUGAUCAAGGCCAAUUAUCCACCAUGAUUUUUUUUAUGAUGGAUCAAGGACAACUGAACUUGCAACGCACCAGCGGUCAACAAAUAUGAGCGAAGACACAGUAAUUUGCAACUGCUGUGGGAGCAACAUAUCCGCAUAUAUUUUAUUUUGAAGCAACAACCGGAAAAAUAAUUCACCCAUUUUAGGUUUUGCCAAGAAAGCUUUCUUCUGACGAUAAACAUGUGUACUAAUGAUCAGCACGUUGACUUUGUCUCCAUUAAAGCAUUUCCAGAUGCUUUGUUCCCAUUUCGUUCUUGCCGAGCAACAUGCCAGCAUGUCUUAAGUCCCUUUCAACUCUAUGGUGUUCGCGUACUUGAUGACUUAUUUAAAACGUGUUCCUAUUUAGAGUAACUUACUGCAUCCGUUAUUGUAAUGUGUGUGUGUGUGCCAGAUCAUCAUACUGUCCAUGGGUGUUAUGUACAUAGUUUCUUGCGCAAUAAAAUUCACCCGAAAUUCUCGA